CCAGUUAAACAUUAAGUAAAUCAAUGCAGUUAAUCAAUGAAUUAGUGCACUUUGUGUAGACUAUGAAAUUAACUUAAGAAAAGUGCUGCUAGUGCCUUAAAUCAAAGUGCAGAAGUCAGAAACAAAAGCAGAGAGACGCUCGGCGCGCUCAACGCGUCUCUUUGUGGCCCUUCUAUUUGUGUAUUAUACCAAAUUGUGUUUACAUUUUUUUCUGCGCUGCCAAAACAUUAUAUGAAAUAUGCUACACUUUAACUGCACAGCUGCAUUUGUUAAUAAACAAAAGGGAUUUUAAUUGUGCUCCUUAUUUGACUCCAACUUAGCUGACAACACUAUCGAAACAAUCCAGAAUACACAAGCAUAUGUAUGAGGAGUAGUUACACAAGUACAACUACUUGCCUACUACAUUAAAGAGUGUGUGCGAGAAAGCAAACAGUGGCAGUCACCUGCGUGGCAGCAGCAGCAACAGCAGCAAUGCAAACAACUCGACAAGUGCAACACCGGCAGCAACAGCAGCAGCCACAGCAACAACAUGCCCAGCAUGUGUGGCAGCAACGCCAAUGGCUGCUGUUGGCCAGUGUCCUUAUGUUGACACUGUUCACGCGCACCAUUCAAGGGAUUACCGAGGAGCUGUCACCAGAUCAUGUGCGCGAAUUCACAUGCGGCAAGCUCUAUUACCGCACCUUCCAUAUGAACGAGGAGCGCGAUUCGCUUUAUGUGGGCGCCAUGGAUCGUGUAUUCCGUUUGAAUUUACAGAAUAUUUCGUCGUCGUAUUGUGAUCGCGAUGUGAUCAAUUUGGAGCCAACGCGUGACGAUGUGGUCAGCUGUGUGUCGAAGGGCAAAAGUCAGGUGUUCGAUUGCAAGAACCACGUGCGUGUUAUACAAUCGAUGCAGCAAGGCGAUAGGCUCUACGUGUGUGGCACCAAUGCUCACAAUCCCAAGGAUUAUGUCAUCUAUUCCAAUCUGACGCAUCUGCCACGCUCGGAAUACGUGAUUGGAGUUGGUCUUGGCAUUGCCAAGUGUCCCUACGAUCCGUUGGACAACUCAACGGCCAUCUACGUUGAGGAGGGAAAUCCUGGCGGAUUGCCUGGUCUGUACUCGGGUACCAAUGCUGAGUUCACGAAGGCGGAUACUGUGAUCUUUCGCACGGAUUUGUAUAAUACGUCAGCAAAGCGCUUGGAAUACAAAUUCAAACGCACGCUCAAAUAUGAUUCCAAGUGGUUGGACAAACCGAAUUUCGUUGGCUCCUUUGAUAUUGGCGAGUAUGUGUACUUCUUUUUCCGAGAAACAGCCGUGGAGUACAUUAACUGCGGCAAGGCGGUCUAUUCGCGGAUUGCACGUGUUUGCAAAAAGGAUGUUGGAGGCAAGAAUCUGUUGGCCCACAAUUGGGCCACAUAUCUAAAGGCACGGCUCAACUGCAGCAUUUCGGGCGAAUUUCCGUUCUACUUCAAUGAGAUACAAUCGGUUUAUCAACUGCCCACGGACAAGACACGCUUCUAUGCAACAUUCACGACCAGUACCAAUGGCCUGAUUGGAUCAGCCGUGUGCAGCUUCCACAUUAACGAGGUCCAAGCCGCUUUCAAUGGUAAAUUUAAGGAGCAAUCCUCGUCAAACUCCGCCUGGCUGCCGGUGCUGAACUCUCGUGUGCCAGAUCCGCGACCCGGCACAUGUGUCAACGAUACCUCAAAUCUGCCAGAUACCGUCCUGAAUUUCAUACGCUCGCAUCCACUUAUGGACAAAGCCGUAAAUCACGAGCACAACAAUCCGGUCUAUUAUAAAAGGGAUUUGGUGUUCACAAAGCUCGUUGUUGACAAAAUCAAAAUCGACAUAUUGAACCAGGAGUACACCGUAUACUAUGUGGGCACCAAUCUGGGUCGCAUCUAUAAAAUCGUGCAGUAUUAUCGCAAUGGCGAGUCGCUGUCGAAACUGUUGGACAUCUUUGAAGUGGCACCCAAUGAGGCCAUCCAGGUGAUGGAAAUCAGCCAGACACGUAAAUCUCUGUAUGUGGGCACCGAUCAUCGCAUCAAGCAAAUCGAUUUGGCAAUGUGCAAUCGCCGUUACGACAAUUGCUUCCGUUGCGUCCGUGAUCCGUACUGCGGCUGGGAUAAGGAGGCCAACACGUGCCGUCCAUACGAAUUGGAUUUGCUGCAGGAUGUGGCGAACGAGACAAGCGACAUUUGUGACUCCAGUGUGCUGAAGAAGAAAAUCGUAGUCACCUACGGCCAGAGCGUGCAUCUGGGUUGCUUUGUCAAGAUACCCGAAGUGCUGAAGAACGAACAGGUCACCUGGUAUCAUCACUCCAAGGACCGAGGACGCUAUGAGAUCAAGUACAGCCCAACGAAAUACAUUGAGACCACGGAGCGAGGACUGGUUGUGGUGUCGGUGAAUGAGGCCGACGGUGGACGCUACGAUUGCCACCUUGGUGGCUCGCUGUUGUGCAGCUACAACAUAACCGUCGAUGCGCAUAGAUGCACGCCACCGAACAAAAGCAAUGACUAUCAGAAAAUCUAUUCGGAUUGGUGUCAUGAAUUCGAGAAAUAUAAAACAGCCAUGAAGUCCUGGGAAAAGAAGCAAGCGCAAUGCUCGACGCGCCAGAACUUCAGCAGCAACCAACAUCCAAAUGAUAUCUUCCGCAAGAACAAUGUUUGAUACCACGACAAUAGUUUUGCCGUCAACAUGCCGCCACCAAGCACGUCCAUCAAACGUUUCUACUAAAUUCAUUGAACCACCUAGCGAUGAGUUUCCAAUUUAAAUCAAAUUCAAUAGACGACUUGAGUUGAGUUGAGUUGUGGAUGCAAAUAGCAAUCGAUUGGCGCUAUUCUGAAUAAAUAAGUUUAAAUAAAUUUAAGCAAUAUGUAAACCGUGAACUCGUAAACUCGAUCAACUGCAUUUAUACGGAUAUCAACACAUACAUAUGUAUAGCGAACCACUUCCAGUACAGUGCAUUUAUUCAGCAUACUCGAUACUUUAAUUGCAAUUGCAAACAUCUAAAGA